AUGCAUUUGUUAUUGACAUCACCUCAAUCCCGCUCUCUCUACUCCACUUUUUCGAAUGUUCGUGCUAGGCUUGAGAAAAAGAUCAUAAAUAGCGACAAUGAUACGCGUUUUGUUUUGGACACAGCUCUGCUACGUUACAUUAGGGAAUUUGAUAGUUUACUGAGACAUCCUGAAGUGCGAUGUUGUCGUGAUCCUUCAAUACAUUUACCGGAAGUUGAUGAACAAUCAGUAACAGGAAAACUUCUGAAGAGAAUGAAAAAACAAAUAAAGGCAAUUUGUGUACUUGCCGACGUUGUAUAUAUUGAUCCUCCAGCAAAUGCAAACGAGGCUGAAAUUCUGGCAAGGGCGCAGAAGGUGUUGAAUCUGCUUUUUGACUUAAUAACACCCCCAUCCUCAUCUCCCGCUUCCGACUGCGCAACUGACUCCGAAUAA